AUGGCCAUGCCUCCCAGACUCCAGGACCGAGCUGUCUUGGCUCUGCUGAGGAUAUACGGCACCAGCACGCGCUGCCUGCAAGCGCGCCAUGCCAGCCCGCGGCUCCCCAUGCGGCAGGUGAGCUCGCUCGUAGCUCGCAGCGCCGGGUUUACCAGGACCGCAGCCUUCCCGGCAGGCGUCGAAGAGGGCCAGUCCUCGCCUGCGAGCCACGGCGGAUCCCGGCGGAGCUAUGCGUCGUCGACGAGCCCGGCCAAGCAGCAGCAGCAGCAGCAGCAGCAACAGCCGCCGCGGGAGAUCGCGGUCUUGGGCGGCGGCCUGACGGGCCUGACGACCGCUUACUACCUCAACAAGUUUGUGCCGUCGGCCAAGGUCACGGUCUACGAGGCGAGCGACCGGCUCGGCGGGUGGGUGGACUCGCAGCGCUUCGCUGCCGAGGGCCGGGGGGGGUCCGAGGUGAAGGGCAUCUUUGAGAGGGGACCCCGGGCGGUGCCGGCGCUGGGGCAGACGAACCGGUAUGACGACUUGGUGCUGUACGAGCUGGUCCAGGAUCUCGGAUUACAGACCGAGAUGUUCAACAUCCCGCGCGGCGAAGAAGGGCUUCCCAACCAAUACAUUUACUACCCAGACCACCUAGAGAACGUGAAGCUCAAGAUGCCAACCAAGAAUGACAGCCUCGCAACCUGGGUCGGGGCAGCAGUGAAUAUCCUUCACGCCGCACUGACAAGGCCCAUCUUCAAGGGCGCGCCGACGGCCUUCGUGAACUUCGUCCUCGGCUACGGCAAGCGGUCGCCGGCCGGCCAGGCGUCGGGCGCGGUGGCGGACGAGUCCAUCGGCGACUGGCUGCUGCGGCGCACGGGCCGGCGCGAACCCGUCGACAACAUGGUCGGGGCCAUGAUGCACGGCAUCUACGGCGGCGACGUCUGGAAGCUGAGCGUCUUCCAGUCCCCGAUGCAGUCCAUGUGGCUCAAGGACAACCUGCGCGGGCGCGGCAAGCUCGUUUUCGAGAAGGACCUCGACCUGUUCCAGGACCUGUACUACAACGGCGACGCCGAGUACAAGAAGAUGGUCCGGAACAGCAUGAACUUUGGGCUCAUUGGCUUCAACGACGGGUUCGGCACCCUCACCGACGCCAUCACCAGGCGGCUCAAGACCGACUCCAAGGUCAAGUUCAAGCUCGGCGAGCCGGUGACGGACAUCUCGUAUAACGAGCCCACAGGCAGGAUAAAGAUCAAGACGUCCAAAUCCAAAACAGGCGUCGCCUACGACAAGGUCAUAUCCACCAUCCUCGCCAAGGACCUCUACGCCAUCACCAACAACAAGCUCCCCUCGCUCCGCAACGAGCAGGCCACCUCCAUCAUGCUCGUCAACCUCUUCUACCCGAAGCGCGACCUCAUCCGCCCCCACCGCGGGUUCGGCUACCUCGUCCCCUCGUCGGUGGCCUACGACCUCAACCCGGAGGGCGCCCUGGGCGUCAUCUUCGACUCGGACCACCAGGACUUCAUGCGCGGCGCCAACAACGCCGACGAGGUCCGCGGCACCAAGCUGACCGUCAUGCUCGGCGGCCACCACUGGGACUGGCUGCCGCGCGACCGCUGGCCCUCGCGCGACGAGGCCGUGCUCAUGGGCCGCGCCGUCGUCGCGCGCCACCUCGGCAUCCCCCCCGACGAGCCGCUCGCUGCCGCCGGCGCCAAGCUCUGCUGGCAGUGCAUCCCGCAGCAGCACGUCGGCCACACGACGCGCAUGCAGGGCGCGCGCGGCGAGCUCGAGCGGGCCUUCCGCGGCGGGCUCGCCGUCGCCGGGCCCAGCUACACGCCGCCCGGGGUCCUGCCGUCGCUGCGGGCCGGGCGCGACGCCGCGAUGGCGGCGGCCGGCAAGGGGUACCGGACGCACAAGGGCACGAGCCGGAUGACGCACGUGGGCGAGACGGGGCUGGGGCAGUUCCGGGCCGGCGGCGAGGGCGAAGGAGAAGGAGAGGAAGCAGACGACGGGAGCAGCGACGGGGAGAGGGUCCUGCGGUCCGAGGUGCUGCCUUUCCGGCAUGGGUAUGCGCGGGGGCUGUAUCCUGAGGAUGAGUAG